AUGACUGCGCGGCGAUGGCUGCAUAGAUUUGGCUCCGCUGCGCUAUAUUGUGCGGCAGCAUAUGCACUUCCCGCACCGGUGAGUGCUGUGUCAGAGCAGCGGCACCUGACGCGAGACGAGUUUGCGACGCAGUUGGAGGUCGCAAACUACAUCACCGUCGCCGCGCUCACGCUUUACGCGUGGGAGUAUCUGUGUACAUUCCCACGCGAACUGACCAUGUACCGCGCCAGCAUGAUUGUGCGCCCACAAGUAAUUCUCUUCCUCUUGAUCCGGUACAGUACCGUGCCGGCGGUCGUCGUGCCGUCGUACAGUCUCUGGAAACGGUUCACCGACUCGUCGCAGUGUAUCCCGCACGAGCAAGAGACCGUCGCUGUCGUGCAGUUUAUUGUCUCUGCGACGCUGUCAUGGCGCACGAUCGCGAUAUGGCGACGCAAGAUGUGGGUCGUUGUCUUUUUAAUCGCCUUUUCCCUCGCCGUGUUUGGCGCGAGUUUGGGCCUCUUGUAUUUUAGCGAAGACUCGCUCAUUCUUACCGGCUCGUGCCGGCCUGCGCCGAAAGAAGGGAAAGAUGGCGUGAACACCAUCCAGUGGUUCUAUCUAACCUGUCUUAUUUUUGACACCGUCACCCUCGGUCUCUCCUCCUACAAGCUCUGGGUCUACUCUGCGAUGGGCCGCGAGAUUAACAAACCCGUAUUUACAGAUCCAUUUGAACAGCACCGCUCCAUGCUGGAAAGCGAGCGCAAGCGGCGGGGGUCUGCCUCUGCCAUCGUCCACCGCGUCAAUUCCGCCGCGACACUGCCCUACCGUGCACUGCGCGACAUUUAUCUAUGGUGGGCUACGCUCACUCCUUUGCUUGCACGCCUGUUUGCAAACGGCCUCGUCUACUUUCUCGUUGCCACCGCGUUCAACGUCGCCAACUUUAUUCUCGAAGCGCUCAACUCCAUUCACAGCAAGAGUUUCCUCACCCUAUGGCCCGCGCUCAUGUGUGUCUUGUGCCAACGGAUGCUGCUCACCGAAUUCGACGCGGUAUGGACGCCGUACGAUCCAUACUUGGAACACCCAGGGCGCGAGCUCGUCGACCGCGUCGUGCCAAACAAGGCGGCGCCACGCGUCUCCGAGAUUGACCGCUUCCACAGCUUCGUCACCGCCCUUGAGCAGCGCCGCGACGAGCGCCAGGAGGGCUCCUGCGUCCAGUUUGCAAACCUCGAAAAGACAGACCCAGAAGCGGCACACCCGCCCGAGCGGGGGCCGCCGUCCGAGUUUGCUCCCAGCGACGUCUCGCCCUGCGGCAGCACUCGCAAUUCGCGCGCGCACGUUUUUCAGAUGGCCCACGUGCCUCCUUCACCACUCCCCGCGCUCUCCUCAGCGCAAGCACAGCUGGCUGUGCGCAUGGCAGGGCUACGCCCCCACGAUACCCAUCCUGUAGAUAUACCGUAA